UUAUUUUCUUUAUUAUAGAAGCCAACGAGUUAUGAAAUAUUUUAGUAACAAGUCUAGAAAACAUGAAGAAGAUAACCUUACUGAUACUAGUAACAGAAAUUAUCUUAAUAGUAUUGUGCAUUUCAUUAAAUGUUCUUAAAUCUCCUUCAUGCUUAAAGUUCGAGCGUAUAAAAAGAUGUUUGCAUGAUAAAUACAUAGAUCCCGAAAAUGAACAAAAAGCUUCCGACUAUUUUGCCCACAUGGAGACUUCAUUUGAAACGAAAUUUAUGGAGACAGUAAAGUUAACAAAUCCAAGAGCAACGAUAGUAAGACCAAAAACCGGAGAGCUCAGUACGUUUGGAAUCGCAUUGUUGUCAAUGUAUCAAUUAGACAACAAAAAGACCGAGUAUUUAACAAUUGUCGAAGAUUUGAUAAGAAAAAUGGAUGGAAAACUAGGAACUUUGACAAGAAGGAACGUUGUACCUUGGCGCGAUAAUUGGUACGGUAUUUCCGUAGUAUUUACUCGUAUGCUCGCGAUGUACGAGUACAUCGGAACAAAUAGAGCAAUAAAAGACAUCUGCCACAGAAGAAUUGUUGAGAUAACGCCGAAAUUGAAUAAAUCAGUAGGCUCGGUUCAGACACAUGUAAACUUUGUCUAUCUAGCGAUCCCACGUUUGCUGACGAAUUAUUUGUACGACCGUAAGCAAUAUGAUUUUGAAGUAAAAUCAGAAUUAUUUUCGGAGCUUCAUAAGGAACUGCAAGUACACUUCAAUCCGGAUUACGUUGUACAAAAUGGUAUAUAUCAAGACUAUUCAUGUAUUUGUCAUAAUAAUAUUCCGAGUUUCUCAUAUAUAUUGACACUUGGAGAAUUCUAUCUAUCCACGUACAAGGAGCUUGGUUUUAAAUCAAGUAUAAGUAAUUCCAUAAUGAAAAUACUUCAUAAGGUUAUUCAUCCUAAAUUGGAUUUUAUACCCUACGGUCUGUUUGGCCGGGAUCCGAAAAUAACUUGUAAAGAAACUUUAAGAAGAUAUUGGCCGAAUUACGAAAGAAAUCCAAAUUACGAUGUAAAUAUUUUUCCUUUCAUUGGUCUUGGAGUAUUCAAAUCGGAAAAAUUCGUAUUUUCGGUGCGCGUCCAACGUGAUAGAAUCGCUGCCUAUGAAUUUGAUAAUUGGUAUCAGCAAUUCGCUCUUGGAUGGCUUCAAAUGCGUAAAUUAUAUCACACGGAAAUUGAUUAUAGUAAAUAUAAAAGUAAAAUGGAGUGGGAUAAACUAAAAGUUCAACCGGGUGUAAUUUCAUUUGCUGAAGAAAAUAAUAAUAGUUUUGAAGCUUUCAAAGAUAAACGCAGCACUUACACUCUUCCAGAAUUUUGUUCUGAAAUAAAAUCUUACAUUGGACAUUUGAAAAAUUAUAAAGAUAAAAAACUACUGUAUUGGUUCAAUAAAUAUAAAUUUAAAGCUUUCUAUGGAGACCAAGUUGUAAUUUCGGAAAGGGGUGUCUGUACAGACAAUGGUUUAGUAAUGCGAUACGAAAUUAAAAAUCAGUCUGGUAAGGCAUUGAAAUUAAUAUUAAAGGACGUAGAUAUUGGUAACAAAAUGAAAAUUAAACCCUCUGUUGAUGAUUCCGGUACAGGAGUUCUUAUCCCUGACAGCGGAGAGCCGAAAAUAGUUAAAUGGUAUCAGGUAUUUGAUGACACCAUUGAGCCUAAAACAGUUGAUGGGGAUAGUGCGAAUAAUUCUAUGUCAUUCACUAUUAAUGGCGACGUGUAUGUAAUUGAACUGCAUGGUGACCAUCAUAUUGUCAAAUGCAAUGGUGAUAUAAUACUCGCGGGUAAUUCAAGCAGUUUGCGUGACGCUAGUAUAACUCAUCAUGAUGUAUCUAGUGGUAACGAUACAAUAUUCAAAAGAGAUUCUGAGACACUUAUGUAUGUACCUCAGUAAUAAUAGUUAAUGAUACGUUGAUAUGAACAUUGGAAAAAUUGAUGACAAUUGCAUUUUUU